CCCGGAUCCAUCAUCACCCUCCUGAGACUGGUGAAGUGGUGAUCAGUACACAAAAAUAAAUUCAAAAAAAUUAAAAAAAAAAAGUGAAAGAAAAUUGUUUCAGAAAUGUCAAGUUCGAAUCCUACCGAUGGAGUUGCAGCUGCCAAUCUGCCGCGCACAUUCAAGUAUUUGUUAGCUACGCAGUUUCUGUCAAGGGGAAUCCCUUUCAUCUUCAAUUCAUGGAUUGUCAGACACCUCUCUGAAGAAGAUUAUGCGAAAUUGAACUGCAUUUUGGGUGGAUUGCCUGAACAAAGACUCGUUCUUGAGUCCUCCAAGAUGAUUGUUCUUUUGCUCAUUAUGCUUGAACAAUUUGAGAUUUCUGCAUCUUGCAGUCAUAAUGGUUCAACAACAGAAGCAAAUGCUGCUAAACUGUUGAAAGUGGCCUGGAUGACUUUCCCAUUAGGGAUACUGGUGACAUUUGCAGCAUGUUUGUUUGUAUUCUGGUGGCAAGGCCUAAGUUACUCUAGUCCAUAUGCAAAAGCUAUCUUGAUUAAUGGUUUUGCAUGCAUAAUUGAGCUGCUGGCAGAGCCUCUUUAUAUUUUGUCCCAGACCUUGGUUCUGCUCAGAUUGCGUCUUAUUGUUGAAGCUGCAGCCACUCUGUUCCGCUGUAUUGUAACUUAUGUCCUCAUCUUGAAGCAACCGAGCCUGGAGAAAGCAAUUGUAUUUUCCUUGUCACAGGUUGCGUAUGGAGCAUCUAUUUUCUUAGGUUAUUGGGGCUACUUUCUUUUAUUUCGAGUUUAUAGAAUAACCGUUCUGUUUCCAUUGAGGAUAUGGAACAAAACAGGGUAUGACAGACCGCUUGCAAACAUGUGUAUGAUUUUCACUUUUCAAUCCUUCCGAAAGUUGAUUCUUCAGGAAGGUGAGAAGAUGGUCCUUGUAUGGCUGGAUACACCAUAUAACCAAGCUGUCUAUGGGCUUGUGGACAAAUUAGGGAGCUUGGUUGUGAGGCUGGUCUUUCUUCCGUUUGAAGAAAGUUCUUAUGCUACUUUUGCAAGGUCUGCAUCAGGUGAUUACAAAGAGAAAAAGAGGAACCUGGCAAGGAGUCUGACUGAUGCGCUGAAGCUUGUUUUGCUGAUAGGUUUGGUUGUGAUUGCAUUUGGUCCAAGCUACUCUUAUUCUCUCAUCAGGUUGCUUUAUGGUAGGAAAUGGAGUGAUGGAGAAGCUUCAACUGCACUCCAGUGUUAUUGCCUUUACGUGAUUGUGUUAGCCAUGAAUGGUAAA